UUAAUUCUGGUCAGCAAGAAAACCUCUGGUGAAUUAGCUAUAGUGUGCAACCGACUGCUAGCAAGAAAAGGUCCGAGUAGAAUAUUGAACUGGUCCCCAACAAGCUGUAUCCACCUGACUGCCCAACUGGCCCCUGUAAAACAUUCUCGCUCGAACUACCGCCGUCAAAUUCCUUUGCAGAAGUGAGAUAAGAAGUGGGUCGUUAAGCCAACAAAAAAGAGAAAAAGAAUAAGUGUUGGCAGAGUUUGCUUCCGGCGUCGCUGCGCUGUACUCAUUUCAAAACGCCCGCCGUACUGUGCGCCCGGAUGAUACCAGUGCCCCACCCCCUCUACGUACAUUUCUCGAACGACUCGCAACCGUGGCUGAGUUGGUUAAGUGCCUACGUUGUAUGCUGUGGUUGCGCUGUUUUGCGCGAAGAGGGUAGAGGUGCCCAUUUAAUACGUUCACGCGAGAGUCUGGCUAUCCGGUUGUUUCGGUUUGUGGCGCCAUUCGAGCGGGUUCCGGACAGCCGCUACGGGAAGCCGAACAGCGGGCAUCCACUAUGGGGCAUCUGUCAUCUAAUUAGACGCGCUUGUGCCGACGUUGCAGAUUAUCUUUGCUUGUUGAAAUUCCGGAGGUGGUGACUGACUUUUCUGCAUCCUAAACGGAUUUGCAGAAGAAGUAAUGGCAGCCUCACUUGCAUUGCAAGAGGACCAGAUAGAGUGGUCUUUGCUGCUUGAGGCCCUUGUGUGUGCAGCUGAGAAAGGAGCCCAGCUGGCCAGGGCGUGCCGUGCAGAGGGGCCUCUGUUCCAACUUCUGGUUGAGGAGAAAGCUGGCUCUGAAAGAAACCCUCGUUUUGUGCAUGAUUUCAAGACCUUGGCUGAUGUGCUAAUCCAGGAGAUGGUGCGACAUGACCUCUCCUGUCUGCAUCCCGAGCUUGGCAAGUCCUUGCGGGGAGAGGAGAGCAACAAGUUCACGAGCAGCCACGGUGAGACCAUAUGUGUGGAAGUGAAGGCAACACAGGUGGAAACAGCAUGGCUCUUGGAACGUGUGCUUGAUGGGAACACUGUAGCAGCAAGAAAGCUGGCCCAUAUUGUGCACUCAAACCCAGAGGUUUGUGAAGACACAGAGCUGAAUGAUUGCCCCAUGGCCUGUGUCUCUUCUCUUGGAAUUUGGAUAGACCCUAUUGACUCUACAUCUGAAUACAUUGCUGGCAAGUGGGGUGAUGAAGGUGAAGGGAGCAGCAUCGUUAGCUCAGGUCUGCAGUGUGUCUCUGUGCUGAUUGGCGUUUAUGACCGUGGCACUGGUCUACCAGUCGCUGGUGUCGUAAAUCAGCCCUUUCAUCACCUGGACGACCUUAACAGGCCUGUGGGACGUUGCUACUGGGGCCUGACUCUGGGUGCACAUCAGUGGCACAGCCGUCACUUCUGUGAGGAUGAAGACCCUGAUCCGCUGCGAAGGCGCCACCAUCCACGUGUGCUGCUCAGUGCCAGUGAGAGCAAUGCCGUCGUUCAAGCCCUGGAAGCUGCCGGCUGUGACGUCCGUUUUGCUGCGGGUGCCGGAUACAAGCUGCUGUGUGUGGCACUACUCCGUGCCGAUGCGUACCUUGUCACGCAGGGCACGACUUUUCGCUGGGACACGUGUGCACCGCAUGCCCUGCUCUUGGCUCGAAAUAUGGGCCUCUUUGCAGCUGUUGAAGAGGCUGGUGUUCCUUGGUGCGUGCCUGCGCCUGUCAGCUAUGCUGAUCCCGACGAGGAGCUCUGCGACAAGGUGUCUGGGGCCGCUCUCUGGCGCAACAGCCGGUGUCUGUUUGCUUGCCGCAACUCUUUCAACUCGAGGCUAGUUUUUGACGCACUCAGGGCGUCUUCUGUUAAAGUUACAAGUGCGGUGUCAUGAGCAAUUGUCGCGUGGGCUGCUGUGGUUGGUAUCAGAAGCAUACACAAAUUUUUUUCGUUCACCGCUUUCCUACAACCAGACGCGGAGAAGUCUUGCUAGAGUGUGUAACGACUGCUUUUAAGGCGGCCUGGAUAAGGUAGCUUGGUAACAUGAGAUUACAUACAGAUAGUGCUGAAAGGAUGAAAAUGGAGACGGUUUAGCAAGUUGCGGUUGGCGUGCACAUGAAAAAGUUGAGACAGAGCUGCAAAUGCUGCAGUUGUACACUGUACUGUUCAAUUUGUAUUGCAUUGUUGCUAAACUUUUUGUUCACCGAAUGCAUUUAAUAGCAAAGUUGGUGUGCAAUUCUAGGCAUGCGUAUCUUGCUCCUUUUUAGCAGAUAUGCACUGGCUGAAGAGGCAAGGUGGUAGUAAAUAUAAUGAACAGGACAGGUACGCAAAACAGUAAUAGUGUGAUACUGUGAUGCAUAGUGUGCAGGAUGUGAUAAUUUGCUGUCACAAUUACCAGCAUCUGCAUUCGGCACAUAUGGUGUUCUUGAAGCAAACAUGACUAGUCAGCAUGUCCAGAAAUGUUGCUUAAGGAAGCAUGACGGUAACACAUGUAUAUUUCGAGCAUCCUGCUCUGCUGUUCCUGCUAGCUUACUUUUGCUUGUCUUGUUUAGCUUAGUUUCUUUUUUGCCAGGUUUGUCUGUCCUACAAUGUUGCUGCAUUAUUAGCGUUUUGAUUAUGCAGUCAGGACAAGAGUUCAAGCGACAUGAAUUUAGCUUGUUAUAUUUAUUGUAGGUGUGAUGAAGUGUAGUGCUUAAAUGCAAGUUGUGAUGCA